UAUCUACAUCUGUACAGAUUCAUCGUGCCACGGAAAGCAAAAACUGCCUGGACGGAAUAAUGAGCAUCAAGCCCGGGUUGUUUUUCACCAGAGACCAUAUGGUUUUUAUGGACAGUAUGAUAAUGAAGAGUUGGUAAAUAUUAAGAGCAUACACGAUAUAUUUCAACCCUAGAGCCUGUCAACAUUCAGUGACACGAAGCUGACUCACGCAUUCAAACUCAGCGUGGGAUUCAACGUGGAAUUUUUAUCCAGCCCGAAGAGCCGUGAUACGCUAGCUUUAUUGGCUAGUUGGGCGAUCUGUUAUUCGACGUGGUUGUGGCUAGAAACACGACGCGAAAAAGACAUUUCCUUUUAAACAGCCUUCAAUGCUACUCAGCGUGAAGCUACAGGUAACAUAUGAGGAGAAACACUAUCCGUCAAGUCAUUCGAGCAUAAUCUCAGCCCCUCAGAUCUGUGAGAGCCACUGUAAUAAGGGAGUUUGAUUGACUGGUAAAUACAGUGACGCGAUUUAAUGGUGGAUCAAGUGCUGAUAUUACAGCAACAGUUGAAGACGGACGGUUUCCAUAGCUGGUUUCCAAAUUACAUUGUUCAGAUCACCGGUGCAGAUGCUGUGUUGACCUUCCUACUGUGACAAGUACUGAGAGGCCAGCAUUCCCUGAAGGGUGGACUUCACGAUCGAAUAUUACGGAAAUCGUAAAGAGACUGUACCAAGGUAACAUUGUGUAGGCUGGGCAUAGCACAGUAAAGUAUGCAUUUCUAACGCUUUUGGUAUUUUUUCGAAUAUGGAGUCAACAAACGCAGCGUUUUCAAAAGAACCAAUCGAACGACCUGAAUCAUGGGACCUUGCUUCUGACAGUGAUGGUUCUAUAUCAGAUACCAGUUCCCAGUCAGCACCAGAGCAAAGUGGGGAUCCCAAAAGGCCCAGGAAAACAGUGCGCAUUUCUCGGCAUCCGACCCUGGAAAAAGUGAUCGAAUCAACCAACGAUCAAGAGGAUAAAAGAACCGGCUGCUCUGACUAUUUUGGGGUUAAAUCAUACUUGCAUUAUUUCUACGAAUCCGGGUUUAAAGAUCCAAAAGUGUACGAAGAAGACGACAGUGCAUAUCUUUUACGUCCAAACAACCGUAGAAAGUGGUGCCGUUCCGUAUGGUGGAAGGUCUUUUCGUGGAUCGGUGUUUCUCUUCUUGUAAUCGGCCUAGUGGGGAUACUGGUAGGUUAUGUGACCCCCAAAAAAGCCCAUAUUAUCGAAAAGGACGGCGAGACGGCUGUGAUCGACAAGGAUGCCAUUUAUUAUAACUACAAUUUUGAUGCUGUGAAGCUUGUAGGUUUGGUGGUAUUUUGUAUAGGCGGGGCUACAAUAGCUAUAUCGCUUCUGGUGCCGAGUUUCCUCAAAAACUACUACGACGAAGGCCAGGACGAGUCCUUCAAGGUCUACCUCAACAAUGACGACGACCGCCAGGUUUCAAGCCCUUUGGAACGCCUCAUUCCAACGUCAGCCCGCUGGCGCAGCAUUCAGCCAGAUAGGCAGGUCGGGGAGGCCAUAGUCUGCCAAGAAGGAAUCGUUAAAGUCCACUAAGUAGAGCUAUUUGCAGCAUCCAUCUCUAACAUUUUACCAUAGCAAUGUAAUCGCGUGAUCAAUUCGUCAAUUAUUUUUCAUGUUUUGGAAGAACAACAUACUGUUUCAUUGAUUUUUUUUACAUUUUUUGAAAAAGCCCCACUUGUGCGUCAUUUAGAGCACAAGAUCUAUACAAACUGUUUAUUUAGACAAUAUUUAGCUUAUGACGCGAUGACAAAACUGGAGGGUCAUAAUGAUGACUGUGUAAUUAGAAAAAUGAAGAAUUUGUUUAUCAACACACGCACAGUCGUAAAUCAAAUGGCUUAGAUGUUAUCAGCAGAUAUUGCCAUAUAUAAAGAUAUAAGCCAUCAUCUACCGGAUAUACGGAGAGUAUUAUGAAAGGAAAGCAAUAAAUUACUGAUACAUAAUGAAGAAAUCCAAUAUAGCACUAGUUGCUAUGGCAGCACAUCUUUAUAAAAAAAAGAAAAAGAGAAACAGUGCCUGCUUUAUGAUUGCCAUGUUUAUUGUGCUGUCAAUGCAUUAUAUCCGGUAUCCAAAGAGAUGCUUUUCUGGAAAUAUAAUAUAAAAAGUACAACAAACAAAUCUUAAGAAAUUGGUUGUAAUAAAAAUCCUACCUUAUGCUUCACUGUCUUCAUCAUUUGAAGCUUCGUAAAAAACAUGAUGAUGGACAAAAAUGCAUACACUAUAAAUGCAGUGUAUACGCAUAUGAAAUUGGUUGUUGAAAUUAUUUUAUGUCGGUGGCCUCGCGCAUCAUUAAGAAUGCGGUCAAGGAGAAAACAUUGUUUUAUCGACAAUAAUGUUAUAAAAACAGGAGCACGCACAGUGCAAAGGACUUUUUGAUCUUGAUAGGCCGUUAGUAUCAGACGGCACGUAUACAAUGUACUAGCUGGUACACAUUUCACGAAGUCAUGAAUAUUGGUAAAGCACUAUAUAUUUUAUGAUAGAAUUUACCCACUGCGUAUAGAUAUUAUAAUACAAU